GUCGACUCUUGAACAUGGUCCAGCCAACGAUCGAUAUUGUUGCCGCCAAAGGCAUUUCCUACUACACGCCAGCUCAGGAUCCCCCGGCUGGUACGCAAAUCGAGGGAUCGACCAAGCUGUUCAGCCCAAUAACCAUCCGCGGCGUGACGUUCCCAAACCGCCUGUUUCUAGCUCCACUCUGUCAGUACUCUUCGCAGAACGGUUAUGCGAAUGAUUGGCAUUUGACGCAUCUGGGCGGAAUAAUCCAGCGUGGGCCAGGCCUGGCAAUCAUGGAGGCGACCGCCGUGCAGAAUGUCGGCCGCAUCACGCCGCAAGACCUGGGUCUAUACGAGGACGGCCAUAUCGAGCCGCUGAAACGCAUCACGGAAUUUGCCCACGGGCAGGGCCAGAAGAUCGCCAUUCAGCUGGCCCACGCCGGUCGGAAAGCGAGCGCUGUGGCCCCUUGGUUGAGCGGCAACGCCAUGGCGCUGAAGGAAGUCGGGGGCUGGCCGGACGAGCUUGUCGCCCCGUCGGCAAUUCCCCAGGAAGAUGGCGUCAAUCCGGUGCCCACAGCUCUGUCCUUGCAAGACAUUGAGUUGUUGAAGAGUGACUACGUCCGGGCUGCACAGCGGGCACUCAAGUCCAACUUCGACGCCAUUGAAAUUCACGCCGCCCACGGAUAUUUACUGCAUCAAUUUCUGAGCCCCGUCAGCAAUCGACGAACGGAUCAGUAUGGAGGCAGCUUUGAGAACAGGGCUAGGCUACUAUUAGAGGUGUGCGAUGUCGUUCGGGCUACGAUCCCGACAUCUAUGCCUCUACUGGUCCGCAUUAGCGCGACUGAUUGGUUCGAGUUUGACGAUGAUUUGAGACUGGAAUUCCCCGACAGUUGGACUCUUGCCCAGUCGCUGCGGCUGGCGCCUCUCCUGGCAGACCACGGCGUUGACCUGGUAGACGUCAGCUCCGGGGGUGUCCACGCCAAAUCAGCCAUCGCCAUCCGGUCCGGUCCGGCCUAUCAGGCGCAUUUCGCCCAGGAAAUCAAGAAAGCCGUGGGGGACAAGCUCCUGGUAUCGGCGGUCGGUGGCAUCAAGACAGGUUCUUUGGCCGAGGAGGUGGUACAAUCGGGCGUUGAUGUCGUCCAGGCAGGACGCUGGUUCCAGCAGAACCCGGGUCUGGUGCGCGCAUUUGCCACUGAAUUAGGCGUGAAGGUGCGGAUGCCUCACCAGAUUGACUGGAGCUUCGAAGGCCGUGGGAAGAAGACAAAGCAGAGCUCAUUAUAGACUUCUCAUGGCUACAUUAUAGGACUAUCUCCACUAGCUCAAUUCGCACAUUGUGUCAGGGCAC